AUGGCAACUGCAAUCAACCAUGUUUCAUCCCACACCACUGAAAUACAAAGGGAAGAGGAAGAACAUCUCCCCCGAGCAACUUCCGCGCCCCAACAGGAGGUUGGAAACCAGCAAACUACGACUGAUCAUGAAAUGAAAGCAAAGAAAUUGCAUGAAUUGAUGGAGGAUGAUAUUCAAUUCAUUGACGAGGCCUACGAUAAUCUCAGAAAAUACAAAGCUGAGGUCGUGAAACAACAGGAGCGUGCCAAGGAGAUGCUUAAAUAUCAAGAAAUUUCCAAGGUCGAGAAGGUGGUUAUGAGGUUGAAAACAGAGAUACCCUCAAAGGUGAAAGUUAGGUACUCGGAGCCAACAGAUAGAGAUGCAAAAAAGAAAGAGAUUCUCCCCAAUCGCGAAAAGAACAAGCAUCUAGCUGGAGUUCAUUCUUUCUAUAAGAAAGAUCUGUUUAAGAACAAUGUGAUAUUCAAAGAAUUCAAGGAAAGUUUCAAUCUCCUUGAUAGUCAACACAAACAAUGCCUACUCUGUUUUGCUCUGUUUCCCAAGGAUGCAACAAUCAAGAAACGGAUCGUGAUGUACUGGUGGAUUGGUGAGGGAUUCAUUCCAUCUGAUGUAAACGCAAAGGCUGAAACGGAGAGUGUCUUGAAUCAACUCAUUUUAAGAAACUUCAUCCAUCCAGUUUACGAUAAGUGCCCUUUUAAGAAAAAAGCUCAUAGCUGCAAGUUACAACCUUUGGCUCAUGCUGCAGUAACCAUGCUGGCUGAGAGUGAAAAUUUCAUUGAUUUUGAUGACAAAGGCGACCCUAUCAGAGAGCAUACUCGUUCUCUAAGAUCUUGUCUCGUUCCUCGGAAAGACAACAAGUUGGAGAAUGAGGAGUCCAAUGGCAAGAACAAUUCCAAUUCGCAAACAACCUCGUCAUAUAAACCCAUGGCUCAUGUGGUGUUUAAUUUGAAUGAAGCCUUUCUAAGGCUUAAACGCGAAUGGUUUACCGAGAUGAAGCAUGUGAGCAUUCUUUACUUGGGAGGGUGGGAUAGCACAAGCAAGAAGCAUAUUGAGGUGGAGGAACCUAAAGAUUUAGAAGGCCUAGCUAAUAUAAAGUAUGUUAAAUUCUUGAGCUUGCAAGGAAUUUCAGGGAUAACAGAGAUCCCUGAGUCAAUUUCAAAGCUCUGGAACCUUAAUGUCUUAGAUCUCAGAGCUUGCCACAGUCUUGAGGUGAUCCCGCGGGGCAUUGGUUCACUUCAUAAUUUGACACACUUGGACUUAUCGGAGUGUUACUUACUCAGUAGCAUGCCAAAAGGUCUCGGGGCGCUAACAAAUCUUGUGGUGCUCAAGGGAUUUGAAGUUCAAGAUUCAACAGACAAAUUACACUCAUGCACUCUGGAUGAUUUGUCGGCCAUGAAAAACUUAAGUAAAUUAAGUAUUCAUACGGAAAUCGUGGAUUUCCCCAGACGGAGUGAGUUGUCCGUGCUUAAGAAAUUCAAACAACUCCGCAUCCUAACUAUAGAAUGGGGAGGAAAUUUGUUACGGAAUCCAGACCCCAGUACUGCGUCCAACGUUCCUAAACCUGAGGGAAUUGCAAGAAAAUUGCCUACUGGGAAAAAAGCGGAUGAGAAUGUCUCACAUCCAACUGGUUUUCUUCCAAAAUUGGAGAAGUUGGACCUGAAAUGUUAUCCUAGGAGAAGUGCUGCCACUUGGUUAAAACCUGACAAUUUGCCAAAGCUGAGUGAACUGUACAUUAGAGGAGGGGAACUUCGCGAUUUGGGUCAAUUCGAGUUUGGAACUGAUCCAGAACCUUGGAAUAACGUGGAAACACUACGUCUCAAGUACUUGACAGAAAUGGAGAUGGACUGGACAGAAUUUCGAGAAUUGUUCCCGAAGGUGGAAUGUCUGGAGAAAGUGAAAUGCCCAAAGCUCACUAUGUUCCCCUGCAAUGCCCAUGGAGUUUGGAAGGACAAGAGUUAA